UUGUCCCACAUAGCUGAGCACCAGGAGGUGCUGGAGGAGUUUAAGGAUGGAUUCAGAAAAUUCGCAGGUCUUCAUGAUACUGUGCUCUACUGCUCCCUUCACGACCCCGCCACGCCCAGCCCGACGGGUUACACCACCAACAAGACGGUGUCAGUGUGGGGCAGCGGUGGGCGGAUAGAACUAACGGUGGCCAAGUUCAUGGCUCUUCAGAAGACCGUACAGCCAGACUGGUACCAGAGCAUGUGCGACGGAGAGACCUGGCAGAACAGCGCUUCUCGCAAACGGGUCAGAAAGUCGGUGGAUCGGACUCUCGCUCAUUUGGACGAGUGUUUGCUGGUGCACCAAAAAUCAAAGGAAUUGGAGGGAGUGGAGGUGUUUGGUGUGGUGGAAGGAGGCGACAUCCUGGAAGAGAGAGUACGCUCUGCCAGAGAGACCGCCAAGAGGCCCGUGGCAGGAUUCUGCCUGGACGGCCUCCAGAUGGGCUCCAUGGACCAAACUCUGAGGACCCAGCUCAUCACUGCUAUGAUCAAGGAGCUGCCUGAGGACAAACCCAGACUCCUGCACGGUGUGGGACGACCUGAUGAAGUGCUGGCGUGCGUCGAGGCCGGCGUGGACCUGUUUGAGAGUUUUUUCCCCUUCCUGGCGACGGAGCGAGGCUGCGCUCUCUCCUUCGGCUUUGACAUUUCCACGGACCCAGAGCGCGCAGUGUUGGAGUUGAACGAAGAGAAGGAGACAGCAGGGGAGAGCCAGCAGAAUGGCGAGCUUAAUCGUCAUGAUCAAACACAGAUGACACCCUUUGAGAUGAACCUCAAAGAGAAAAGGUAUCAGGACGACUUUAGGCCGCUGGUGGAGGGGUGUGGCUGUUACUGCUGUAAGAACCACCAGAGGGCGUACCUGCACCACCUGCUGGUGACCAAUGAGCUGCUGGCCGGAGUUCUACUCAUGAUCCACAACACAGCCCACUAUCACGGCUUCUUCGGGGCCUUAAGAGAAGCGUUGGCCACCGAUAAACUGGAUGUACUCAAGAAACGAGUACUUGGGGAUGGAGGCCUGCAGACAGAGAGAAAAGAGUAAGAUGGAUGGAAGCCAAUAGAUGCGAGAGGGAAUGAGCUGAGGGACUAAGGGGGAGAGAUCUUCUUCAGUGGAGUGACAUGGCCAGAGGCAAUCAUAAGUACUAUCUUGUUCUGCCGAGUCCGGUCACACGACGAACUGAACUGUCCUUGAGAAUGACACACUCCAUAUGCUGCCAUCUCUUUGCUUUAAAGAAGAAGAUAAAAGGAGAAAGGAGCACACAGAAAA